GAUAAAAAAAAAAUGAAACCCACGUUUGAGUUAGUUACAACGGUUUUGUUUUAAAAACGUUUCCACAGCCACUUGAUGCUUCUUCAAGCUUAAAGAUUGUGUGAUUGUGUCGUCCGCUCUUGUAAUGGAAAUAUCUGCCAUGAGAAUGAAUUUUCUUGCUCUGGGUUUGUCUCUGUGUCUUGUUCUUUCAAGCUUUCAUGAGGUUUCUUCUCAGGAUGAUGGCACUACUAGGUUGAGUAAUUUGGAUCUAAUCGAACGUGAAUACCAAGCUAGUGUCAAUGCUCUUCAAGGCGAGGAAGAUGAAGAUCAGUCUACAAAGAUACAGAGUGAGAACCAGAAGAACACUACAGUGACUGAUAAGAACACUAUUUCUCUGUCUCUGUCAGAUGAAUCUGACGGUACUUACAGUGAUUCAGUUGAUAACUCAACCCAGGUUGGAGCUGUUAGUGAUGAAAGUGUUAAACGUUCGAGUCUCUUGGAUCAAAUCGAACUUGAAUUUGAAGCUCACCUCAAUGGUCUAAACCAAGCUGGAUCUGAUGUUGUCAAGGCUGAAUCAAAGAAUGAUGAUCAAUUAUCUGCUCAGAGACAGAAAAUGUUGGAAGACAUGGAACGAGAUUUUGAAGCUGCUUCAACUAGUUUGAAACAACUAAAGACUGAUGAAUUAAGCGAAGGAAACUAUGAAGAGCAAGCUGCAAAGAGACAGAGUUUGCUGGAAGAGAUCGAACGAGAGUUUGACAUCGCUACAAAAGAUCUUGAGCAACUAAAGGUUAAUGACUUCACCGGUGACAAAGAUGACGAGGAACAAUCUGCAAAAAGAAAAAGUAUGCUGGAUGCUAUCGAACGCGAGUUUGAAGCUGCUAUUGAAGGUCUUGAAGAACUAAAGGUUUCUGAUUCCACCGGAAGCAAGAAUGAUGAAGAACAAUCUGCAAAGAGACUAAGUAUGCUUGAAGAGAUCGAACGGGAAUUCGAAGCUGCUACAAAAGGUCUUGAACAUCUCAAGGCUAGUGAUUUAACCGGGGAAAAGUUUGAAGAUGAACAAGUUGCAAAGAGACAACGUAUGUUAGAAGAAAUCGAACGUGAUUUCCAAGCUGCUACAGAUAGCCUUAAGCAACUUCAAGUUGAUCAUUCCACUGACUCUACAGAACAAAAUGCACAGAGGCAAAGUAUGCUGGAAGAAAUUGAACGUGAAUUUGAAGCUGCUACGAGUGAUCUUAAACAACUAAAUGAUCUCACUGAGGGCAGUGCUGAUGAUGAACAAUCUGCAGAGAGAGACAGUAUGAUGGAAGAGAUGGAACGUGAAUUUGAAGCUGCUACAAAAGGUCUUACAAAACUAAAGGUUAAUGAUUUCACUGAAGUCAAUGAUAAUGAAGAACAAUCUGCAAAGAGAAAGAGUAUGCUUGAAGAGAUUGAACGUGAAUUUGAAGCUGCUAUUGGAGGUCUUAAACAGAUACAACAAAUUGAUGAUUCCAAACACAUUGAAGAACAAUCUGCUAAGAGAAAGAUAAUGUUGGAAGAGAUGGAGCGCGAAUUCGAAGAAGCGCAAAGUGGCUUUAGUGCAAAUGCUAAUAAAGAAGAAUCUGCAAAGAAACAGAGUACAUCAGAGAUUCUUGGAUUAGGACAGUCAGGUGUAUGUGGCUGUUUUAAUCAAGACAGUUCUGGUUUUAAGCAAGAAGAAGACGCUUCAAUCGCUAUAUCAGAAAAAUAUAGCAUAGACGAGAUCCUCUCUGAAGAAUCUGCAACCCAGGGAACAGAGACUUCUUCUAGUCUCACUAAGUCUUUGACUCAAAUAGUUGAGAAUCACAGGAAAGAAAAGGAAUCUCAUUAUGCACACAGAGCUCUCACUUCAUCUUCAUCUUCUUCUUCCACAAGCGAAUCAUCAGCUACUUCAGAGACUGUAGAGAGCCUUAGGGCUAAACUGAAAGAGCUUCGUGGCUUAACCGCUCGUCAGCUUGUGACACGUCAAGAUUUUGAAGAGAUUCUCGUUAUGGCAGCAAGUUUCGAAGAGCUAAGCUCAGCGCCAAUCAGUUACAUUUCUAGGUUAGCUAAAUACAGAAAUGUCAUAAAAGAAGGACUUGAAGCUUCUAAGCGAGUCCACAUCACAAAGACACGAGCUAAAAUGCUCAAAGAAACUGCCACGGAGAAGCAAACCUUCGUGGACGCUAAUUUUUCGGCGGCUAAAACGCUUGCUCAAAGGGGAGACGCGUUGUACGUUAGAAUCUUUGCGAUCAAGAAACUAUUGAAGAAGCUUGAAGCAGAGAGAGAAUCUGUUGAUGUAAAGUUUAAGGAGAUUGUGAACGGUCUUUCUCAUCUUCUUGUUGAUGCUUCCGAGGCUUACGAAGAGUAUCAUGGAGAGGUAAGGAAGGCGAAAGACGAGCAAGCGGCUGAGGAAUUUGCGAGAGAGGCGAUACAGAGUGCAGAGAUCACAUGGGUUAAGUUUCUUAGUUCUCUUUAGAGAAUUGGUUGUGUUUAGAGCGAAUCUAGAACUCUUGUUGGUUCUUGUUUUGUAUUUUGUGUUGAUGUUCUGUUUCAGAGUUUGUGUGUUGGUUAUAUCAGGAGAAAGAGAGGUUGAGAGAUAGAGAGGAAGGGGCUCUCUCUGGAAACAUAUAAUGUUAUGCUGAUUAAUUCUAAUAAAAGAAGCUUUCAAUAUA